AUGAUACUGGAAUCAAUUUUAUCAUGUUCCUACUUAUUUCUAACAUGUGGAUCCUGUAUUUAUACCUUAAUAAGGCAUUCUUACGUUCAAUAUUCGAAAUUCCUUUCUCAUUUUGUGUGUGCAUGCUGCGGUAUCGCGACGAUUAGUACCCGAUCCUUCAUCGUUUUUGUGUAUAAACUUUUCUUUCGAGAAUACAUUUUCGAUCCGAUAAUAAUACAGAUGCAGGAAGAAAGGAAUAAAAAAAGGUGUAAUGUUUUAUACGAAUUACUUGGCACUUUGAGCAUGGCCAGUUUAAUUUGUUCCUUAUAUUGUCAUCAUGGUUAUUAUAUCAUUGGUGUCUUUGUUGCUACCAGCAUAUCAAUUUUUGAUGUAUUUAAAUUAUAUGAGAUGAGCAUUCCGAAACCAAAGGAAAUUAAACCAUCGCAGUUUCCCUACAUUCCUUCCCGAUUAAAAUUCACAGCUGAACCCAGGUGCACUAUGUUCAUUUGGGUGCUCGUUAGUGUUUGUUUCGCGUAUUCAGUAGGUAAUAAUUUUGCAUUGGCAGCAAAUUAUCCUUACCUUCUGACAAACUGGGUAUUCACCCCAGAAGGAUUUUAUGAAGGAUGGACGGUGCGAAGUACUAUUAAUGAUUAUAUGAUGGCUGCUUAUGUGAUAUGUAUAACAGAAGCAUUUAAAUUUUAAAGAAAUAAAAUCACGUUUGAAAGCCUUUAUCACAAAAUUUGAAUGCCAUAAUUUCUG